AUGUUGGUGAUGAAAUGUAUGUGCCGCUUCCUCUUAGAUGUUCUUCAUGAUGAAGGAAUUGGUACAGUUGGGAUGAGUGACCUGAGUGACAAUUUUGACAGUUCAAGUGCUGCAUAUGAGACACUUCUAGGUUGGGUUUUGGUGGACCCUUUUCACAGACAUGGUUUUUGCAGUCAAGCAGAUUUUUGUAAAGAGCCUGCAUUCAGUUGGCUAAGCAAGCUAUCUAUUGAAGUAAAGAUGGCAAUUAAGCAAUCAAAGCUCUUGUUCUGCAAUGGUUAUGGCUUUGAUGAACUCUCCCCUUGUUUGAUUAUUUCUGCUCUGGAUUAUGCUGUUGAAGUUGGGACAGCCAUUUUUUUUGAUCCUGGACCACGGGUAAAGACCCUAGUGAUAGGAACACUCGAAGAACAGAGAGCACUUGACAAGUUCUUGAGGAUGAGUGAUGUUCUUCUGCUAACGUCUGAGGAUGAAUCAUUGACUGGAAUAGGAAAUCCAAUACUGGCAGCCCAGGAGUUGCUCAGGAAAAGGGUCCGCACAAAAUGGGUGAUUGUUAAAAUGGGUGCAAAAGGCUCAAUUCUAAUAACCAUGUCAAAUAUAUCUUGUGCACCUGCAUUCAAGGAAACACCCACUAUGACACAGUUAUGGCAUAGUGUCCAGCCUGCAGAUCUGGACACUAUUGAUGGCUCACCUGGUCAAGAAUUUUCUCUUGAAACUGAGCAUGAAAAACUCUUACUUGGGAAACUUGCAUUGGUUGACUUACAGGGCCUUAACCAUCAAGAGAAGCUUGCUUUUUGGAUCAACACUUACAAUUCGUGCAUGAUGAAUGCCUUUCUAGAACAUGGAAUACCAGAGAACCCUGAGUUGGUGGUUGCACUGAUGCAAAAGCCUUCUUUGAGGCUUUUGGCAAUACAAUUUAUGCCCCAAGGUUGUGACUUGGUGUGGAAACAUGUUGUCCGGAAAGGGGAUGCGGUUGUUGAUGCCACUUGUGGAAAUGGGUAUGACACCUUGGCAAUGCUCAAAAUGGUUGCUGAUCAGUCAAAGAGAGGUCAUGUUUAUGGAAUGGAUGUUCAAAAAGUUGCUAUAGAAAGCACUUCAUCUUUGUUAGAUCAAUUAGUCAGUUCGGAUGAGAAAGAACUUGUUGAGCUAUACAGCAUGUGUCACAGUAAAAUGGAGGAAAUUGUUCCAAAGGGCGUCACGGUGAGCUGGAUGUGUUUUAGCAGAAUCAGUUCAGGAGGUAUAUUGAAUGGAGCAGGCAGUUUAAUGGGGUUGUAUCUGCUGUGUUUCUGCUACACUACUGUGGAGGGUUUGAGGAUAGCUGCUGGGAUGAUGCCAGUGUGA